GGGAAUAAGAACAGAUACAUCUCCAAGGACAGACAAAUUUGGUGAGUUACAUGUACAGUAUGUUAAGGAUGGAUAUGAAAAUACAGGGUGGAUUUAGCAUUGUUGCUAGGCUUGAAAUGUACCUUUUAUUGUGAUAAAUUGGAAACUUAUGUUGGGAAUAAUGCUGGGAUAAUGUCACAUUUAUCAUCAUUCUUAUAUUGACCUCCCAAAUGUUUCUGAACUACAAUUCCCAGGAUUCUGUCUCCAUCAGGUGCAUUCAUAGAAUUUUGGGAAUUGUAGGCCAAGAUCAUCUAAAGGCCAUAGUUUGAAAUUGUUGCUUAGAAUUUUGUAAAUUGUACAUUUAACUGCAGUAAGGGUUAUAAACAGUUUUAUUUUUAUCUAAGUAAGAAACCGUAGAAUCUCUGAUGUAUUCCACCUAUUAUGAGUUGUAGGUAUUCAUCAAACUUAGAUGUAAAUAUGUGAAUUGAAAUAAAUUUUUUUUUCUUUCAUAUUGUUUUUUUCAGACCAAUCAUGUGGAAUGGAAAUUACAGUAAGUAAUACAUCAUACCUCAUUUACUGGAUCUGUUUAGCUCCAUUCCUGAGGACCAUUAUUUACCUGGUUAGACUAACAUCAGCCGCAUGCCUUAUCUACAUACGGCUUGACGGAAGCAUGUCAAACAUCCAUAUUGAACAGCAAUCCAUCACUUACACUGUCACUGGUCAUAUUAACUUAACUUAUUUAGUGAGCCUUCAGCUCUCUGGCUGAGGAAGUGUUUGUGUGGAGAGGCGCCUGCUGGACCCCUAGUAUGAAUUCUAAAAUGGUUUAAAUAGUUACAGUUGGUGAGAGGGUGCCAAUGAGUUAUAGUGGUUGUGGUGCUUGGAGUGUUCCUUUAAAACAUACACUGGGCCAACACCUUAUAUGUAAAUAUAUUAUGUUGUACCCAUCUUGUGAUUAUAUAAAAUAAAUCAGGAGAACAUUAUUUUUGUGAGUGCAUCUUGAGUCAGCUUAUAGUAUAUGUAAAUAUAUUUAAAUAGUGCAUUUCUAUAUUUCCUACCAUCUACAAUAUGUUGGAAACCCAAUUCUGACAUUAAAAAAUACAAAUUAAUAACUAGUGAUGUCGCGAACCGUCCGCGAACUUCUCGGGAACGGUUCGCCACGGUUUGGCGAACUCCGGUCAGCUGACACAUCCCAGCCAAUCUCCGGCAGAGAGAUUCCUCCCAGACCCUCCUACUUCAUGGACGGCAUCCAUGUUGAAGGCAGCUUCAACAUGGAUGCUGUCCAGGAGGUGGGAGGGUCUGGGAGGGAGGGUCUGCCGGAGAUUGGCCGGGAUGUGUCAGCUGACCGGAGUUCACCGCGAACGACCGUGGCGAACCGUUCAUGAGAAGUUCGCGGACGGUUCGCGACAUCUCUAUUAAUAACCUAAUUUUCAUCCAAGCACUUUUCUGGUAGCCACCAAUUCUCUCAAUGUCUUUUUAUAUGCAGAUUAUAAUUAUAGACAGCCUGGAUAUCCAAUAUUGAGGUAUGUGCUUGGAUAUGGGACAGUUCCACCUUGGUACUAUCGGCCUCCUGGCUACCGUAGAACCUAUGCUCCUGCUUGGUCCCACAACUACAACAAACCUCACAACUACCAUGGCUACAAUCACAACAACAAUAAUCAUCACUGGCAUCAUUAAAAGGUAGGUUUGAUAAAAAAAAAAAAAAAAACAGUGGAUUUAGAACACAUUGUACUUCUACUGAACAAAAUCCAGUAAAAUAUUAAAAAUAUUAAUUUUAUAUGGUUAGUCCAUUGAAUAUUAGCAUGAAAUUUCCAUAUCGGCUUUUGUGGAGUUGCAAGUAUUAAAUUCCUUUGAAAAAAUUCAACCUUUGACCCAUUAUCAUAAUAUCAUGCCUAGACCUACACUAGUCUAAAUCCUAAUUAAAAUGAUAAAGUACACUAAAUGACUAUGGACUAUAUGUGUAGUUUAUAAGUCCACCUUUUCUUUCAAUUUUUUUUUAUUAUUUUAAAGUAAUUACAAUAAGAAAUUAUAUACUUUUGUCAACGUUUCAACAAUCAAUAAUGUAUAGUCAAUACGCUCUAUACAUAUUGAAAUAAUGAAAAAAAAUCUUUGUCAUGGCUACAUUAUCAAUAGUAUAGAUAACAACAGUAAGUAAAUAAUAUUAAAUAAAAGAAAAAAACUGGGAAAAACUGAAUACAAUUUCAUAUCUCCAUUAUGUCAUGAAAUAAUUAAACUUGAGAAAAUGUACAUGGAAAAGUCCACCUUUUCUAGAACUUUAUAUUUGAUUUGCACAUGCAAUUUGUCUAUUUUAAGAUGUGCAGGAAACCAAUUUUCUACAAUUGUUUUGAAAUUCAAAUCACAUAAACAUCUUGUAAUAGUUGGUUUAAGCCUCAUAAGAUCGUGGAAGUUCUAGGCUAACAGACAGAAUUAUAUAUUUCCUAGGACAAGUUCAAUAUUAUUUUAAUGAAAAUAAAUUAACCUAAUCUUUUGUAUAACAGUCACUUACUGAAGUUGAGAAUGUGUGUAGAUUAUAGUCUAAAAAAAAAAAGGAGAAUUUGGGGCACGUCAAGAACAUGCAUUUCUAAGUAGUGGUGCUGCCGUAAAGACCAAAAUAUAUACAAAAUACAGAUUAGGGAACAGCACGCACACACAAAAUAAUAUCCAGCUCUAAAUUUUACAAGGCUACUUAAAAUCACCUAUCUUAGCAAACUAACAUGGGGAAACAGACACAGCAUAUGACCAUAUUGUGUUAAGCCCACCACUAUGUCACAGUACCUCAAUAUCAGUGGGUCCUAUACUAAUUUUAACAUGGGAGAUGAACAUGCUAGCUACAAUACGUACUAUUAAAACUGCUUCCAGAGACUCCUCAAUGUAUGUUUUCCUGUGGUCACUUCGAAAGAGGCAGCUAUAGUGAAUGGGUGGGGUGCUCAGCCCAAGAGGAAUCUGGUGUGGAUACAACUAGGGAGGUUCCUGAAAGUAAAAGUGUCAAAAGGAAAGUUAUAAAGGACAAGGAAGAACGAAGUGCAUUGAAGGAGGCACAGUGAACCAAUAAAUGACUCAAUGUGCUGGAAAAGCAAAGACAGAACAAUAGGCAGAAAUAGUAACUCAGGAAAGAACAAGGGACAGGUAGAACCUGUAAAAGACACAGAGGGAUUUAGAAAACACUCUAGGAUGUAGAGGUCUAAAAUAACAACAAAGAACAAGCAAUACAAUAGAGAAAAGGUGUCAUGUAGGGGUGGGAAAGCCCAGAUAAUAGAUUGAAAUGAUAAAGACUGUAGGUGGUGUCAUAGCUAAUUGAAAUGCCCUAUUUACUACCUGUCUGAAGUCCAUCUAUAAAGGUAUUAUUUAAAUUGUUCACAACAAAAUAAUACUAUUUAAUCCAAUGGCUUUACUCUUAGUGUCGUGACAUCACACUAUUAGUCAUGUUACAAAUAUACCACUGGGUAUAGCAACACAUGCUUGUAUUAAAUACCAAGUUUAGUUUUUUACUUUAGCAUUAACAGUUUUUUUUUUAUUAUUCUUUAUUUUUGGUGUGCAUGUUACAUAUGAAGCGUGAACAAUUUACACUUUUGGAGAUAGCCAUAGUACAUAAGAUAAAGUGUAUAGCAUAAGUCAGCACAUUUUUUUUAAAACUUUUUUAUAUAUAUAGUAUAUUUAUAUACUAAUUAAGCGGAACUUACCUUUCCCCAAUCACUUCCUCUUCUCUUCCUCUCUCAGGAUCUGUUCUUCAUGUUUUCCUGUCUGCUCUAGUUUUCUUUAAAACAUAAGACAAAGUAGGGACUACUUUGUCUUAUGGAGGUUUCAUACGCCUGAUCAUCUUUGACCAGCGGAAGAGUAAAGUGUGCUCCAUUUCCGGUGGCCAGAGAAAUUUUCCCACAAUUCUCACCUUUCCUCCAUGUUCUUGUGAUGCCUCUUUUCCGUAUUCCCGAACUUGGGCAAAAUGACCGAAUUUUGCACUAACAGAAUGAGAGCAGUUCGUCCACUUGUGUUAGGACGAAAUUCAAGGCCUUUUGUUCGGUUCUAACUUUCAUUCGAAUGAAUGAAAUUUCAGAUUCGAUCGCGGCUGCAUCUUGCAUUCCCACGGUAUUAGGUAGCUAUCUACCAAAAGGCUGAAAGAAUAAGAUUAGUCUUUCAGCCAACUGUACAAAUAUCAAGUAAAAAUUACUUGGUAUUAGUAAUUAAUCCGCCCCUACUCGCUAUUUUGUAAGUAGGGGCAUGUCUAGUAAACACUUGCCCCCACCCCCUUAAAAAAAAUGCCCCCAUGGUGGGGCAUGUAUUAACCCCCCCAAACCCAAAAAAGUACUACCUACCCCAUCACCUUAAAAAUAGUGAGGGUGGAGACCAUAAAUCUAAAUCCCUGUAAAUAAAUAAAUAAAUAAAAUACUUACCAUUUGAUGUUUUCAUGCCCAAAAAAGGUCAAAUAAAAAACAUAAUAUCCGUUGAACUUAUAAAAAAAAAAAACAGAGCAAAAAAUAAUAAUUCCGACGCUAAAAAAAAAUCCUUCACCCAGCUAGGCCACGGUGCAAUUUGGGUCAGAUCACUCUAAUUGGUUGGUUUAAGCCAACCAAUCAGAGUGAUCUGACAGGUAAAAGAAGAGACAGACAGGUAAGUCUCUACAUUUACCUGCCACAGCAUUCUGGUUGGCAAGGAAUUCAACCAAUCAGAAUGUUCUGUUUAGUAGCUGCGAGUAGGGGCAUUCAGGAGAUUUUAAUCAUAGAGCCAUAGAGCGAGGGAGGACAUGGAGGGCAAAUUCCCAUUCGAAUGCCCAAGUGUUUAACUGGGCAUGCACGGGAAUUUUACAGCGCUAUCUAGUGUGGGCAGAUGGUGGCGCCCAGGACGUAGGUCUAGGCAGAAAAUAAAGAUAAAAAAUAGGUUAUAUGGGGGGCUUAGGAGCAUUUGGGGGUUCAAUUAGAUGUAGUGGAGUCAGGAGGGGGGGUUCAAAAGAAACUGGAUUCGGCCAUUACAGUGCCGCUUUAAGUUUAACAUCUCAAGCACUGAAAUCAACAUUGAGAUACUAGCAAUCUUGCACUGCAUGAGAUAAAAUAAGGAAAACGAUUUUGGCCCACUGCCCCUUAAAUCUGUAGCACCCUCUCAAAACUAUGUAUUACGCUGUGUCAUUCAGCCACAUGGACUUACUGUUAUGCUGUAGGUGCUCUGGCAAACAAUUCUACAGUUAAGCAGGAAAACAAUCUAGAUGAGGCAUAGAAACUUGGUUAACCCCUUAAGGACUGAUCCAAAUGUACACGUUUUGAUCAAAACAAAAUGUAAACAAAACCUGGAAUUUGACUAUAUGUCUGUUCAACCGUAAUUCACCUAUAUCAUAUUAAGUGCACCCACACUUAUUAUAUAUCAUUUUAUUCAGGAGAAGUAGGGCUUUCAUUUAACAUCAAAUAUUUAGCUAUGAAACAUAAUUUAAUAUGAAUAAAAUAUAUAAAAAAAGAAAUUAAGAAAUGUUAUUUUUUUAGUUCUGCAUGACAUUAUAACUGUGGAUGCCAUAAUACUGUUUGUUUUUACUGCAAUAAAAUACACAUAUUUGUAUUCAGCAAUGUCUCACGUGUAAAACAGUUAGCGUUAAUAUUUGUUGUGUGUGAAAAAUGCAAAAAACUAAUUUGAAUGACAAUUUUGACCAGUGUUUGUGACCAUGUGGCUACUAAAAAAGACUGGACAUACACCAUUUGCAAUACCUUGGGUUGUCUACUUUGGCAAAUGGUCUCUUCUGAUAACAUGCCUUUCUUUUCCCACAGUACCUUAAGCAGCAUGGGAGUGGAAGCAGCUCAGGCUGAGAAUCGGGAUGACAUUCAGUGCAAAGACAGCUUCAGAUGAUCAGAUUUUACCUCCCACUUCUAUACAUAUAUUGUGCCUACCACUAUGACAAAUGAAUAUGCCAUGCCUUCUUCCCCUAUACCGAAGCUACAGAAAACAAAUCUAAUUUCCUAACUGCUUGCUACAUAGUUAUUGUCCAUGGAAAUAUAUCAUACUGACUAUAGCCAUGCUAUGCUGAUGUGUGUGAAUUUAAGAGCAAAUAAAAAAAA